AUGAGUCUCCGCCACCGUCAUCCUCCGCCGGCGGCAACCGGCGCUCCGGGCCGCGACGAAGAGCCUUUCAACAUCAUCCCUGUGCACAACCUCCUAGCGGACCACCCGUCGCUCAGAUUCCCCGAGGUCCGCGCGGCGGCGGCGGCGCUGCGCACUGUUGGCGACCUCCGGCGACCUCCCUUCGGGCAAUGGCGGCCGAACAUGGACCUCCUCGACUGGCUCGCGCUCUUUUUCGGCUUUCAGCGCGACAACGUUCGGAACCAGCGCGAGCACUUGGUUCUCCACCUCGCGAACGCUCAGAUGCGCCUUACGCCGCCGCCGGACAACAUCGACACACUUGACGCCGGCGUGAUCCGGCGGUUCCGCAAGAAGCUGUUGAAAAACUACACCUCGUGGUGCUCCUACCUCGGGAAGAAGUCCAACAUCUGGAUCUCCGACAACCGGAGGGGUGGCGCCGGUGAUGACCUCCGCCGUGAGAUGCUCUACGUGUCGCUGUACCUCCUGAUCUGGGGAGAGGCCGCAAAUCUUCGUUUCAUGCCGGAAUGCAUCUGCUAUAUCUUUCACAACAUGGCGAACGAGUUGAACAGAAUUUUGGAAGAUUUUAUCGACGAGAACACCGGGCAGCCAGUUAUGCCCUCGAUUUCCGGUGAGAACGCGUUUUUGAACUUGGUUGUGAAGCCUAUUUAUGAGACUAUUAAGCGCGAGGUUGUUGAUAAUAGUAGGAAUGGUACUGCUCCUCAUAGUGCUUGGAGGAACUAUGAUGAUAUUAAUGAAUAUUUUUGGAGUAGGAGGUGUUUUGAGAAGCUGAAGUGGCCUCUUGAUGUUGGGAGUAACUUUUUUGUUACUGCUGGUGGUGGUGGGAAGCAUGUGGGGAAGACUGGGUUUGUGGAGCAGAGGUCGUUUUGGAAUUUGUUUAGGAGUUUUGAUAGGCUCUGGGUAAUGUUGAUAUUAUUUCUUCAGGCUGCAAUCAUUGUGGCUUGGGAAGAGAGGACUUACCCUUGGCAAGCUUUGGAGGAUAGGACUGUGCAGGUUAGGGUUUUGACUAUCUUUUUCACUUGGAGUGGUCUGAGGUUUGUGCAGAGUUUGCUUGAUGUGGGGAUGCAGUAUAGGUUGGUGUCGCGGGAGACAAUUGGGCUUGGAGUGAGGAUGGUGCUGAAGUGUGUCGUGGCUGCUGCCUGGAUUGUUGUGUUUGGUGUGUUUUAUGCCAGGAUUUGGACGCAGAGGAACCAGGAUAGGCGGUGGUCGCCAGCAGCGAAUAAUCGGGUGGUGAACUUUCUGGAGGUUGUGUUUGUUUUCAUUAUUCCGGAGCUUCUGGCUUUGGCUCUUUUUGUGAUUCCUUGGAUUAGGAAUUUUGUUGAGAACACAAAUUGGAGGAUUUUCUACAUGUUGUCAUGGUGGUUUCAGAGCAGGAGCUUUGUGGGGCGCGGUUUGAGGGAAGGUCUUCUGGACAAUGUGAAGUAUUCAGUGUUCUGGGUUGUGGUGCUGGCUACAAAAUUUUGCUUUAGUUACUUUUUGCAGGUGAAACCCAUGAUUGCUCCGUCAAAGGCAGUGUUGGGCCUGAAAAAUGUUCACUAUGAAUGGCAUGAGUUUUUUCAUAACAGUAACCGGUUUGCUGUUGGGUUGUUGUGGCUUCCAGUUGUGUUGAUUUAUCUUAUGGAUAUACAGAUUUGGUAUUCGAUAUACUCGUCUUUUGCUGGGGCGGGUGUGGGGUUGUUUGCACACUUGGGUGAGAUAAGAAAUAUGCAACAGCUGAAAUUAAGGUUUCAGUUUUUUGCCAGUGCAAUUCAGUUCAAUCUCAUGCCGGAGGAGCAGUUAUUGAAUACAAGAGGAACAUUGAAGAGUAAGUUUAAGGAUGCCAUCCACAGGCUGAAGCUCAGGUAUGGGCUUGGUCGGCCCUAUAGGAAGCUUGAGUCUAACCAAAUUGAGGCCAACAAGUUUGCUUUGAUAUGGAAUGAGAUAAUUCUCUCUUUUAGGGAGGAGGAUAUUAUAUCUGAUAAAGAGUUUGAGUUGUUGGAGCUGCCAGAGAACUCUUGGAAUGUCAGGGUGAUCCGCUGGCCAUGUUUUCUUCUCUGCAAUGAGCUACUGUUGGCACUCAGUCAGGCCAAAGAGCUGGUUGAUGAUAGUGAUAAGAGGCUUUAUAAUAAGAUAUGCAAGAGUGAAUACAGACGCUGUGCUGUCAUUGAAGCUUAUGAUAGUGUCAAGCACUUGCUUCUUCAGAUUAUCAAGCCCAACACUGAAGAGCAUUCUAUUGUGACUGUUCUGUUUCAGGAAAUUGGUCACUCUCUUGAGAUUGAGAAAUUCACUAAAAUGUUCAAAACAACUGCACUGCCUAAGCUCCAUGACAAGUUGAAAAAACUUGUUCAGUUAUUAAACAAGCCUGUCAAAGAUCCUAACCAAGUGGUGAAUACCCUUCAAGCCCUUUAUGAGAUUGCUAUCAGAGACUUUUUCAAGGAGCAAAGAAAUCCUGAACAGCUAAAGGAGGAUGGUUUGGCUCAACAGAAUCCUUCUUCAGGUCUACUUUUUGAGAAUGCCAUUCAGUUACCUGACACCAGCAAUGAGAACUUCUAUAGGCAGGUUCGGCGCUUGUACACAAUUCUUACAUCCAAUGAUUCAAUGCAAAACAUUCCAGUAAAUUUAGAAGCUAGGCGGAGAAUUGCUUUCUUUAGUAACUCACUUUUUAUGAAUAUGCCCCAUGCUCCCCAAGUUGAGAAAAUGAUGGCUUUCAGUGUGCUAACACCUUACUAUAGUGAAGAAGUGUUGUACAGUAAGGAACAGCUCCGAAAUGAAAAUGAAGAUGGGGUUUCAAUCCUGUACUAUUUGCAGACUAUAUACGAUGAUGAGUGGAAAAACUUUGUGGAGAGGAUGCGCCGGGAGGGGAUGACAAAAGACAGUGACCUUUGGACUGAUAAACUAAGGGAUUUGAGGCUCUGGGCUUCCUACAGGGGCCAGACAUUAUCACGGACAGUUAGAGGAAUGAUGUACUACUAUCGGGCUCUGAAGAUGUUGACCUUUCUGGAUUCUGCAUCAGAAAUGGAUAUUCGAGAAGGUGCCCGGGAACUUGUUUCAAUGAGACCAGAUAGUUUAAGGAGUUCCAACUCUGGAGGGUCACCUUCCUCAAAGAGUUUAAGUAGAGCAAGCAGCUCAGUUAGUCUGUUAUUCAAAGGCCAUGAGUAUGGGACUGCUUUAAUGAAAUUCACCUACGUGAUUGCUUGCCAGUUAUAUGGAACUCAGAAGGAAAAAAAAGAUCCUCAUGCUGAUGAAAUUUUGUAUCUAAUGCAAAAAAAUGAGGCUCUUCGAGUUGCUUAUGUUGAUGAGAAAACCACUGGAAGGGAUGAGAAGGAGUUUUACUCUGUUCUUGUCAAGUAUGACCAACAGUUGCAGAAAGAGGUGGAAAUUUACCGUGUAAAGUUGCCUGGGCCUCUUAAGCUUGGGGAAGGAAAGCCAGAAAAUCAAAAUCAUGCCAUGAUCUUCACUCGUGGUGAUGCAGUUCAGACUAUUGAUAUGAAUCAAGACAACUACUUUGAAGAGGCUCUUAAAAUGAGAAAUCUCUUGGAAGAAUACAGGCAUUACUAUGGUAUCCGGAAACCCACUAUUUUGGGAGUUAGGGAACACAUUUUUACUGGUUCUGUUUCCUCUCUUGCAUGGUUCAUGUCAGCUCAGGAAACAAGUUUUGUCACCUUAGGACAGAGGGUUUUGGCAAAUCCUUUGAAGGUUAGAAUGCAUUAUGGUCACCCAGAUGUGUUUGACAGGUUUUGGUUCUUGACGCGAGGAGGUAUCAGUAAAGCUUCCAGAGUGAUCAACAUAAGUGAGGACAUCUUUGCUGGAUUUAAUUGUACUCUUCGUGGAGGGAAUGUCACGCACCAUGAAUACAUUCAGGUUGGAAAGGGAAGGGAUGUUGGGUUGAAUCAAGUAUCAAUGUUUGAAGCAAAGGUUGCUAGUGGAAAUGGGGAGCAAGUCCUAAGUAGAGAUGUGUACAGAUUGGGACAUAGGCUGGAUUUUUUCCGGAUGCUGUCAUUCUUCUACACUACUGUGGGGUUCUUUUUUAACACAAUGAUGGUGAUUCUUACUGUAUAUGCAUUUUUAUGGGGUCGACUAUAUCUUGCACUUAGUGGUGUUGAGAGUGCAAUGGAAAGUAACAGCAAUAACAAUAAAGCACUUGGUACCAUCUUGAAUCAACAGUUCAUCAUCCAACUUGGACUCUUCACUGCCCUUCCUAUGAUUGUAGAAAAUUCCCUUGAGCAUGGGUUCCUUCAGGCUAUAUGGGAUUUCUUGACUAUGCAGCUCCAACUUUCAUCAGUUUUUUACACAUUCUCGAUGGGCACUCGUAGUCAUUUCUUUGGUCGGACUGUUCUGCAUGGUGGGGCAAAAUAUCGAGCCACUGGUCGUGGUUUUGUUGUUGAGCACAAGAGAUUUGCUGAAAUCUAUAGACUCUUUGCUCGUAGCCAUUUUGUGAAAGCAAUUGAGUUGGGGCUAAUACUUAUAAUUUAUGCAUCACAUAGUCCUGUAGCGACUGACACUUUUGUUUAUAUAGCCUUAACCAUCACUAGUUGGUUCUUAGUAGCAUCAUGGAUUAUGGCUCCAUUUGUCUUCAAUCCUUCUGGCUUUGAUUGGUUAAAGACUGUUUAUGACUUUGAUGACUUUAUGAACUGGAUUUGGUAUAGUGGAAGUGUGUUUGCUAAAGCUGAACAGAGCUGGGAAAGGUGGUGGAUUGAAGAGCAGGAUCAUCUAAAGGUAACUGGGCUUUGGGGAAAGAUUUUGGAGAUAAUCUUAGACCUUCGGUUCUUCUUUUUCCAGUAUGGAAUUGUGUAUCAGCUAGGCAUUUCUGGUGGAAGUACCAGUAUUGCUGUUUACUUGCUAUCUUGGAUUUAUGUGCUUGUUGUAUCUGGGAUUUAUGUUGUGGUAGUGUAUGCCCGGAACAAAUAUGCAGCCAAAGAGCAUAUCUAUUAUCGGCUGGUCCAGUUUCUUGUCAUAAUUCUUGCAAUACUUGUGAUAGUUGGUUUGCUGGAAUUCACUAAAUUCAAAUUCAUUGAUAUUUUUACUAGCCUGCUGGCAUUCAUUCCCACUGGUUGGGGCCUGCUAUCAAUUGCUCAAGUAUUUCGACCAUUUUUGCAGUCCACUAUCAUUUGGGAUGGUGUGGUUUCAGUGGCUCGUCUAUAUGAUAUAAUGUUUGGAGUCAUCGUAAUGGCCCCUGUGGCACUACUAUCAUGGUUGCCUGGAUUUCAGAAUAUGCAAACCAGAAUACUUUUUAAUGAAGCAUUCAGCAGGGGACUCCGGAUAUUCCAGAUUGUUACAGGGAAAAAAUCACAGAGUUGA